AUGUUUCUGACUUACAUCAUCCAUAUCCUGCCCUUCAGUAUUAUCAGUGUGUUCAUCUUCACCUCUUUCUUGUACUGGACUGUUAGCAUGAACCCAGAUCCUGUGCGCUUCAUGUGUUUUUCAGCCAUGGUCAUGGUUCCUCACAUCAUAGGUGAACUUUUAACACUGGUCUUGUUGGGGGUCGUUCAAGACCCCAAUAUGGUCAACAGUGGGGUCGCUCUACUCAGUGUAGCUGGAAUCAUGGUGGGAUCUGGAUUUCUAAGGAGUUUUAAACAAAUGCCUGUGGUGUUCCAGUGGCUGAGUUAUCUAACCUUCCAGAAGUACGGCUGUGAGCUCCUGAUCGUCAUUGAGUUCUAUGGCCUGAACUUCAUCUGCACGCCUUUAGCUGGUUUGCCGGGAUCAUGUCUGGUGGACAGUGGGGGAUAUGAUCAUAGAUCAGGGUUAUCCUGGAGCUCUCUCGCAUUACACACAAGACUUCCUCCCGCUCUACGCCUUUCUGCCUGCACUCGUGAUACUGGGCAUCAUCAGCUUCAAGAUACGCGACCACCUCAUCAGACGCUAAGCUUCUGA